CGGGUGGAAAGCCAGCCUGGCGAGCUUUCAGUUCGCGGUCGCCCGUUCAGCAGUUUGGUAGUGUGCGAGAAAUACGGGGAGAUUUCAAACCUGUACACACGUGGUGCCUUAGGGAAGAAUUUUGGUGGUGUUUUGUCGGAGUGCAUGGAGUGUGAAUCAGCCCUUUCCGAGCGCAGUGUCGGCGUGCGAUAAAAACAUUCCGGUGUGAAACGAGGCGACUAUCAACCGACUAAGAGAAAAGUGUUUGCUGAUUCCUGUCGUCGGAGAGAAAAAAAAAGGGAAACAAGUGCGAUAAGGGGAAGAAAAGCAGCGAAUGUUGAAGGUGGUGUAGUUCCAAAAUAUUUACGCAAUGAACGAAUUUCGGUGCCGAUGGUUCGACGGUGGUAGAAAACUACUUCCAGUGGAUUGAAAAGUGGUAGUUUCGGUGGUGUAGAGAAAGGGUUCCAAGAGUGUGAGAAAAACGGAAAAAAAUAAUAGCGUAACUUAAUCUGCCCUGUUAAUUAAUCAAACCAUUAUGCGAUGAUUAUACGCGCUAGUGCGACGACUAGGACCACCUCGACCACUAGCACCGUAACAGCCGACAACACCUACUUUUCCGGAUCCCGAGAGAUUGUCGCCACCACCCCUUCUACUGCCUGCACCUUGUGUCGGGAAACGGCUGUCAGCAUUACAACAGCAUGGUCACAGCCAACCGGAAUGCGUCGGUUAUUUUUGGAGGAGUCGCCCUGCUUCUCCUGGGCUUCCUGAAAGAAGUGAUGACUGCAAAAAACUACACAUUAAAACCGAGGGUGGUUUUGCCUGACGACUAUGUCAAAGAGGUAAGACCACCCUCGAAAAAAGGUACCCCCGUAGUGGUAGAGUUCAGCAUAUUCGUCGUCGACAUCAACUCGAUCAACGUGGAAGACAUGGAUUUCAGAGUAGAUAUGUUCGUGCACCAGAAGUGGGUCGAAUCGCGGCUGGAUUUGCACGACGACAUCUUCGAGGAUGGCGACGAUCACGUUAUACUUCCGCCCGAAUUUUUUGACAACCUGUGGCAACCGGAUCCGUACUUUCUGAAUUCGAAAAUUUCAGAAAUCGCCACCCUCACGCACAAGUUCUCCUCGGUGACACUGUACAAAAAUUCGACCGUUCGAUAUGCUUGUAUGAUGCACGCCAUAAUUGCCUGUCAGAUGGAGUUCCAGCUGUACCCGAUGGACAUCCAAAUUUGUCCAAUCUACAUCGAAAGCUUCUCCUAUCACAAUCAGAAAAUUCGACUCAAAUGGGCCGACAACGGUGUCACCAUCAACCCGGAGCUCAAGCUGCUGCAGUACAACCUGGGGCAGCCACUACAGCUGGAGGAGACUGACGGCUAUAUGCCGGAGAAAUACGGUAACUUUUCCCGGUUAGCAGUAUAUUUUCGAUUCGAACGACAGAUAGGGCACCACCUGAUCCAAACCUUUGCACCUUCGACCCUGGUGGUGAUGUUGUCUUGGUUCAGUUUUUGGCUUGGGCUAGAUGCCAUUCCGGGUCGAGUGACGCUUCUGGUGACGUGUAUGCUGACACUCGUAACGAUGUUCACCGGAAUGCGAGCAGAUAUUCCUCCGGUGGCCUAUGUGAAGGCACUGGACCUUUGGAUGGCGGGUUGCAUGAUGUUUGUGUUCUCUGCGCUGGCCGAGUUUGUAGUCGUCAAAGUGCUGGACGUGCAAUACCAAUAUCAGGUGAACAAGGUACCGAAAGUACUUCCAAUGAGGAUCAGUGCCAUGGAGAAGGGCCAAUGUGCCACGGUGGCCAACUGGGAGGGCGGCACGGUGAACGUUCGCCCUCGAAAGCCAACACAAACGCCCACAACCCCGGGACAGGUGUCCCUGCAGGGCAACGGAGGACCUCAACCCCCGCCAGCCAAACAACCAACGCGAAGGCAAAGCAUUCUAUCGGUGGCGUGGACCGACACGGACACCGGUGUAGAAAAGAUUAUGUGGCGUGAGAUUGAUAAAAUGUCGCGUGUGAUAUUUCCGGGCCUGUUUCUCCUAUUCGUUAUACUCUACUGGCCAAUACUGAUUUUCAAAACGUCCUGAUCGACGAUGGAACCAUAGACGUCUGGGCUAAUAAUUUUUCUUAUCUAGAAUCACCCUUGUCCUAUAAACUAUACUCCUGCACCCUUGUCCAUGUCUUGCUGCUUCCGUCUAUUUCUUCUGGUCUAGAUAGUCGAGCUAUCUGAUUUCCAUCCACGAUGCACCUCAACUUGUAGGAGGGCGCUUGAGCUGGUUUUCUGUUUCGAGACGACCCGGUUUAAAAUUAAGUCACCAAUUUACGCGGAUAUCUCGUUUUCCGGUAAUAUUCAAGAUUCCUCCAAUCGUAAAAAAAGACAAAUCUUAUCACAAAAAUAUGACACAGCUCAAUAGAGUAGGGAAAAGUAGGGCUCUUUAAAUUGAAUCAAUUUUAACGUAAGAUCAGCACCCUUUUCGUAAUGCCUUCCAUCUUAAAUGGGCUUUCAAAUGCUGGUUUGUGUGGACGUGCAUAUCGGCGUUAGAUUGAUGCAAAAUUUGAAAUUUUUGCUCCACAGUGCUCAAAAGGUUUCAAAUCAGGUCUUGAUAAGCCACCCAAAAUUUAAACUCAUUUGGUAAGAAACUGACGUGGCACAAACCAUUUGAAAUUUAUAUGGAAAUUACUAUGG